GCUUCCUUCCUCCAUUGUUAGCGCCCCCCAAACAACAGCCUCACCUCCGCGGUCGCCCCUGGCAACCGGACCCGCUGGCGGGGCUCAUCCUCCGCCGCCCCUGCCGCCGCCGCGACUUCCAGGACUGUCACUCACACUCCUCCCCGCUCCCCGAUUGGUCGCUGCCGCAACCAAUCAGAGGCCAAGAGAGGGACAUGGCGGAAUCAGAGAGGAGGGACAAUGAAGGGAGGGGGAGGAGAAACCAUAGAGUCUGAAGAAGCCACGAGGGGACAGACCGACGCCGGAAGGGGAUGCGUCCUGUGGCGAGGAAGAGGGGGAAUCCAUGAUGAGAGAACGGAAGUGACGUAUACGGAAGUGUGAUUCCCCCCCCCCUUUAAAGUGUUCCAAAGCGUGAGGAAGGGUGACUGACUUUCCGGGCGCGUGAUCAUGAAGCCUGCUGAGACGUUGUCCAUAUUUGAGGCUGCUCAGAAUGCAUCAUUAAUGGAUGGACUUUGCCUUGUCACUGAAUCAACAGGAGAUGUCUCCUCAGUACCAGUUCCAGUAACUAAAAGCCCAGAUCGACCUAGCAUGGUCCUAGAAGUACCAGACCGGAUGUAUUGCUCUGCCUGUUCAAGGAGUUUUGAAAGUCGAGAAGAGCAGACUGAGCAUUAUCGACUAGAUUGGCACCGCUUUAACUUAAAGCAGCGAUUACUGGGCCGCCAGAUGCUCACAGCUGAAGAAUUUGAGAUGAAGACUCAAGCAGGUGAUGUCUCCAGCAUCUCUGGCUCCGAUUCCAGUGACUCAGAUGGUGAAUCUGAUCUUUCAUCUUAUCAGAACAGUGAAGACAAAGCAAACAAAAAUCAAAGCCACUCAACACAUCCUCUACGCUCCCAGCGUGUUCUGUUCAGAAAUUCUCAAGGCCAGCUUAUUGCAAUCUAUCGCUGUGUGUUGAACACUACAAAGGGUAGUAUGGAACAUCCUGCAGAGAUAGUGGCAUCCCUUCAGAGGCAAAGCCCCAGGAUUACCUGGAUUAUUUUGAUGGCUGGUGGGGGACACUUUGCUGGUGCAGUAUUUAAAGGAAAUGAGGUGCUGGAGCAUAAGACUUUCCAUCGAUACACAGUGCGAGCCCGCAGGGGUACAGCCCAAGGGGUGAGGGAUGCUCAGGGUUCUAUGCCCAAAUCUGCUGGGGCCUCACUGCGCCGCUACAAUGAGGCUGCACUGCUUAAGGAUAUUCAGGAGCUGUUGGUUAACUGGGCAGGGCAUUUACAAGAAGCAGAGUGCAUCUUCCUUCGUGCCCCUCGCACCAACAGGGCUCAUUUCCUUGGCAGCAAAAAUGGCCCUCUUCAGCGAAAUGAUCCCCGGAUCCGGGGCAUUCCUUUUAGCACUAGGAGAGCCACUUUCCAUGAGGUGCAGAGGGUGCAUGGGGUUCUGAGCAGUCUGCAAGUCUAUGGAAAAGAUACAGCAGUGACAGAUCUGAUUGGUUCUCCCCGGAAGAGCUGGAAAAAAGUAGUAGAUGAAACAUCUUCACAGGGUCAAGAUACUGUCUCCCCAACAGGGACAGAGGAAGAGGAAGAAAGCAGAGAGAAAAGCCCAAUGCACUUAGAGAUGCUGGAGAUGACACUGAGUACACUGGAAUUGCGUGAAUUUGAGGUGGCACCAAAACGGAACCUCAAGAAGAAGAGGAAGAAACCAAAAGUUUUCACAGAAUCUUCCAGUAAAAUUUCAGGAGGUGCUGAACGGUUUGAGGCCUUAUUGCCUAGAAGUGAGAAAUCAGCUGAGACCCAAAAAGAGUUGGAAGCUCAAGGUUCUCCAAGCACAUCAGUGGAAGAUGCUUUAUUCACAGCCUGUAAGGUAGGAGAUGUCGGAGCACUACAAGAUCUUCUGGGAAUAGCUGGCAGCACAAAAGAAGAGCUAGAUGAAUGCAGAACGAUGGCCUCACAGCACUUGCUCAACACGCCCCUGGAUGAGAGCGGCUGGACAGCUUUGCACGUGGCUGCUGCAGCAGGAAGGAGUGCAGUUGUGCGGCUACUAUUGGAGACCGGAGCUGAUCCUACCCUCAGGGACAGCCAGGAACAGCCGCCAUACUGUGUAUCUGCAAAUAAGCAAACUCGUGCUGAAUUCCGCAGGUUCAUGGGUGAACAACCUGAGAAAUAUGACUAUGUUAGGGCUCAGGUGCCUGGACCCCUAACAGCUGAAAUGGAAGCCAAGCAGGCAGAACGCCGGCGAGCGCAAAAGGCCCAGAGGAAGCAGCGUGAGAAAGAGGAACGAGAGGCAAGGCAGGUGCUGAAACAAGAAGAGGAUGAGAAGAGACGUUUUGCCCUGCUGAGUGACCGUGAGAAGCGAGCCCUGGCAGCUGAGAAGAGGCUAGUUUCUCAGUUAAAAGACUCCAAUGUAUCUUUGAGCAAUACCAGGUACUGUACAGGCGCUGCUGGCUUUGUGGGGAGUCACUCCUGGGAUGUAUUCCCUUCCAUUACCUCGAUUUCUCCUUCUGUUCCACAAAAUGUCUCCAAACCCAUCGACAAGGAAGAGCUGCUCCAUCCUAGUUGUGGGUUUUUUUUGCACAGAAUGCUGUCUGCAGCAGCAGGAAUCUCCUUGCCAUGUUGAAACUUGUUUCUCAACUGUUGCUUCAGAAGUUGUGACAGAUCAUUGAAGGGCCAUAAUAAAACCCUUGUCCUUAAUGUACAAUGCUCUCGGAGUUUG